AUGAAGUACACCAUUUCUAGGCAGCUGCAGAAUAUCAGUGAUCUGCAUCAGCGGCAACAAUGGCUUCAAAGUCAUACUUUUACCCAGAUGGAGCACCAACUGCAAAUGGAGGCUCAUGUAGAGAUGGAACCUCGUUUCGCGGACGUCUCCCAGGCGCAGAUGCAAGAGUCUUGGGCGCUUCAAAAGAAUCACGAGAGUGCGCUGCAAACCAUGCACAGGAGUUUUUGGCAGGAAGCCAUGCCGGAGUGGAGUGGACACAUAGGACAGGCCAUGAGGCCUUAUUCAAGAAACAAGCAGGUGACUCCUAAGACAGGUGCGCAGCAUUCAGGACCCCGUGCGAGCGUCAAGACUGAAAAGCUGUCUGACGAUCGAUUGGGCAAUUCCGGUGCAACGACGUUGAUGGUGCGCAACAUUCCUGUCCGCUACACACAGGAAAUGCUUUUGAAGGAAUGGCCAAACGGGGGGAACUAUGACUUUCUGUACUUGCCAAUUUGCAUCAAGAAGAAGUGCAACACAAGCUUUGCGUUUAUCAAUUUCAUCUCUCCAGAGGCGGCUCGGGAGUUUGCGGAUAGAUGGCAUCACGAGCGUCUCUUAUUUUUUAGCGCCAGGAAGCCCUUAGACAUCAGUCUCGCUGAUCUCCAAGGUUUGGAGAAGAAUCUGCUGCAGUGCAUGAACAACAAGACAUCUCGAAUUCGCAAUGUUCGCUUUCAGCCAGCAGUUUUCAAAGGUGCUGAACGUGUCAGCGUUGAGAAAGUUAUGAAGGACAUGCGCCAAAAGUUGAAUCCGAACCAGAGCAAUGAAGGAGAGGAGAAUGGACACCUUGAGCCUUUGGUCUAUGGUCAUGAUUUCACUAGCCCUGAGAGCUUUUAG